AAGAGAAGAAGAUGGACGUCAUUUCCGGGAUGCGGUACAAUCGGUAGAGGAUUUUUGGUAGAUCAAAACGCUGCGACAUAACGCUAUUUUUGUUCCAGUUUUAAUUGAGUGCGUGUCUGAAGAGAGAGUAAUUCAUCGGCGUUAAUUUAAGAGCGUUAUGUGUACACGGUGUUAACGUAGAGUCGACCGUACGCCUCUUGUGCUGUUAAAAUGAAGAAAAAGAGCUCCGAGAAAAAACGCCAUGUGGUGGCAUGGGCCAACAAAGCUGAGUGGGACCAAGUUCUGGAGUAUCUUUACUCGAAGGACUCCGCCUUACAGAGGUACGCACUGCAGAGGAUAUCGGCUUGGAGAGGCAGGUAUGCCAACAGCACUCCUGUGGCAGUGGACUGCACAGCGGACCUGGUGAGGUGCCAGGUGCUGGACCGGUCCGGGCAGCUGGACGGAGAUGAUCUGGUCUUGCUUUAUGGAGCAGGUCUGGUGAGGUUCGUCAAUCUGAUCACCGAGCGACAACAGGGCAGAACAGCCCGCCCUCUGAGGCGGCUGGCUGGGAAGUUAAACAUCCCAGAGUGGGUCGUAGACCUGAGGCACGAUAUCACACACAGGAAGCUUCCUACCUUAAAAUGGUGUCGAAAGGGAUGCAAGGUGGUUCUAGAGUGGCUCCAGCAGGAGUACUGGUCCAGGCAGUUGGGAGGUGGGCCUAAUGAGGACUGGGAAUCCGAGUCGGAUGGAGAGGAGGAAGAGAGUGACCUAAAACGCCAAGGAGACGAGCUCCUUGCCAGGCAAAAAGAAAUGGAGGCCUACAAGAAUGCACGGGAACUUCUGAUAUCUUUCGAGAAGGAGCAGUACCAGGCUUUUGAUGGGCUUCCUGAAGACAAAGAGAAGAACUUGUGGCCAGCCCCGUUUGCAGACAUGAGCUGGCUACUAGGUGAGAUCAAGCAGUUCGCUUUGCAUUCAAGUAAUCUGCUGGUUGAUGUGUUGCUGGAGGAUGGAUUUCUAGUUCCUACUGUUGAACAACUGGAAACAUUAGGCUGCGAUACUUCUGGCAACGCAAGUCCCACUGAACCCAGACUCGCUCAGACCUUCCUGCGUUUUUGGCUACCCCUGCUGAAGAUGCUCAACUCACCUGCCUUUAUUCAUCUCCUUCUGGAGAAGCUGUUUGGUGAAUUGAAAGUGCUCGCCAAAGAGCAGAAUAAUCACAGGGCUUUCUACCUUUCUGGUUGGAUUGCAGAACUCAUCCUCUGUAACGGCAACAAAUUUGAAUACCAUUUUGAAACAAAGGGACAGAAGAAGGCCAGAAUGAAGGACAGGAUCUUUGUGAACCGCAUCCAGCUGAGGUGGCAGCAGCUGCUCUCGGCAUGCCUGGAUGCUCCCUGUAUCAGCACGCCUCACUUGCUCCAGUUAAUCCUGGAUGACAUGGAGCAUCCUCUCCCUCUGGAAACCCGACAGAGGCUGUUCCAGCUCUGCUCCAUCUACACACAGUCUUCACAUUCCGAAUGUGAUACUUCUCUGGCGCAGAAACAGCAGCCCAUAUACACACUGGAGAGUUUGCAUGAGAAGCUGCAGCAUUCACGUCGCCGUUCCACGGCUGUAGCGGAGAGGAGCGAGUCCUCCCAGGAGUACAGUUGGGCAGAUGCUCACGCUGAAAAAGCCAGAUUGCUUAGAGGUUCUCCGUGGCAGCUGUGCAGCGAUAAGGUUCUGUGGAAGAACUACCCUCUUGGUAAAGUCCCCGGACAGUCCGAUGACCCUUCAUGCCUCAUGGUGGAGAACUACUCAACAAUGACUGUCUUUGACCAGCCGGUGGAGUUGGAGAGUAACACAACACACAAUGUCCCAGGAGCACCAGUGAGAACAGCUGAUGGCCUUCUGUGGAGCCACAGUGAUGUUAAUAAGCUUAAAUCUGGACUGCAACUUUUUUGAGUUGUGAAAUCCUUCCUUUAGCAUCUGGCACAUUGUUGAAACAAAAUGUUCAAAAUAUGUAAACUUCGAUACUUAACAGUUUGUUGCAGGAUAUAACAAAUGUGUCAAGCAGCGUACGGGUCAUUUAUCAGUCAUUUAUCAGGCACGAAUGUCAAACAUAACUGGUUCCAGCAUCUUUAAUGUGAGGAUUUGCUGAUUUAUUUUCUGUUUUAUAUAAUUUAGGGUAGCAACUAAUACUUAUUUUUUUAUUACAAAUGAUCUUCUCGAUUAAUAAAAUGUCAAACUACUGAAAAAUGCUCAUUGCAAUUUCCCAGAGCCCAAGGUGACAUUUAAAAACAAACAAAAAUUCCACAAGUUUCUGACAUUUUGCAGACAAAACAAUUCAUAAAUGAAUUAGAAAUAAUAAUCCGAAGAGUUAUUGAUAUAGAAAACAAUUGUUAGUUGCAGCCCUAAUGUAAAGCAUUUGUAAAAACCCUUCAUGUUGUAUGCUGUCUACAAUAUUUCCAAUUGGUGGAACGUGCCGAUAUUUAACACAUCCUAUGAAACAUCAUGUACUGCACAUGACAAGGGAAGGAUGUGGGAUAGAAUUUGGAUAUGGUUGAUUCAUUGUGAUGGCGUACAGUUUCAUCUCUUUCACCCGUCAUGCACUGUUGAUACCGUCGUCGGCCCCUACAAAGUGUUUUGGAGUAGAUGCCUUUCAGUUGAAAACCUUUUGCAGAGGAUAUUGUUGUAAGCACAAGGUGGUUUUGUGUUAUACAUUUUCUUUUGCGCAGUUAUGUUCAAUAAAAAAAAAUUUCUACUGAA